UAAAUGAGCGGUCGCACAGUCACACAACAUGGCGGACUCUUGACAGCUCCUCAAUAUUUCGGAAAAUAUUUCUUAUUAAUUUGGAACGAUGUAUGAAGAGGCACGAGCUGAAUCUUGUGGAGCGACUGUUACAGUGCGUCUGAUAAGGUCCUUUGAAUACAGGAGUAUCAAAUAUGUCGUGUUUAAAGAUGUGUCAUUGGAACAAACAGCUGAAGAUUUCAUGGACUUUGUCGUUUCCGAGAUAAAGAAAAGACCUGAUGUGCCCCUUCCAUUCAGGACCUUUGCAUAUGACACUAUGAAAAUUCAGCAUAAGGCCCAUGGUGCUAAGACAAGUGAUCCAGUGAUCAACACAGAGAAUGAUGAGAUGCUUAUGCUAAGACACGACUGCAGUCUUUCAGAGAAUGGAAUUGGACAUGAAACGGAAAUAUCUUUUUUCAAGAAAGAAGAUUAUGAGAGAUACAAAGAUAACCCAAUGCUGAAGUGGUAGAGAAUGCAAAUGUAUUUAGUUUGCGAGUGAUAAUUUUACCCUUUAGGACAUGUAUCUAGUGUUAUUCUCAGCUAGAGUGGCAUUCUGACAUUAGAGAAAGGGGGUGUUCAUGAAAAGUUUAUUGAAGGCCCUGGUAAAAGUUACUGUUUUUCUUCUAGACUGUCACUCAGAAUUAGUGAAUACCUUACACAGUUUUCAUACCUUUGUUUGAAAACCUACAGCAAUUAAAACAGAAACUAAUACAACUCUA